UCUUUAAGCGGUCUAACGACGGUCACACUUAAAUUAUCACCGGCAAAAGAAAAACAAAUUUCGCUUUAAAUUCUUUUGAAAUUCUAGCUUAAUUACUGUUUACGCGCUCUGAUGUCCACCACAAAUAACUACACAACGGGAGAACUCGUCUAGAUGGUGAACAGAAUCCUGAAACAGAGAACCUGAAGAUCAGUUAAUACUCACCGGUAUUGAAAUGGAUUCCAAUAAAGAAGUAUUAUUGAGUUUUGCAAGGAACUCAGAUAGCAUACAUACCACCAUAAAUCCUUUAACGGAUCCUUUCCAUCCACCGCCGGAUUCGGACGUGGAAAUGGUCUCCGUCAGGUCAAAUGCCGAAUCGUGUACUAACAAAUCAGAUACCAAAUCAGACACCAAAACAUGUGCAAAAUCAGAUGCCAAAUUGGACGGUAAAUCGAAAUUAGAGUCGGAAGUCAAACCUCAGGCGGACCCGGUGGAGGCAUCCCCUAGAAAGGGGCACCUCAAGAGAACCAAGGAAUGUCCUGCUCCGUUGAAUUCUACUCCGCAGAAACUCAACUGGAAGUGGAACCUGCGGAUCUUGAUCUCAAAUCUGUACAUGAAGAGCGAGGAUCGUCUUCCGGGAGCAUGUGUUUCCAAGUGUCUUUACAAUACUAGCCUGUGCACCGAAAGACAUCGGUGCUCGGUGCUCCCGGAUGGCCCCAACUUUACGGCCGUUCAGGCGCUGCGAACCACGUUGCAUGGCCAGCACUACGAUACAUUCCUGGACAUUUUGGAGAUGAUGGUCAUGCAGGGUGUCUACCCAGGCGAAGGAGUCUUUGAUAGACUAAUAGAUAUGGCCAUGAUCCUAAUUGCCAAAGAGAUAAGCGUGAAGGAGCUGGGCGACACCUACAACAAGCUUAUACGCACCUUCUUUCUUCUGGUCGACGCCUUUCCUCCCUGCUGGACAGCCCUGCGUCCUUACUAUUUGAGUUUUCUGGGUGUUAAGAGUCCUGCCUUACGUGAUAUACGUUCAAGCGAUUCUCCCCAAAAGUUGCAGUUUUAUGUGGAUCUUUUUGAGGAAAAUCUCACGCAUUGUAGCGAUGAAGAAAUACGGGAAAAUACCAAAUUCUAUGAAAAGUUUGUGUUUAACUUUUCAGAAGAGGAGGAUGCGAAUAUGUCACAGGAGACGGUCUUUUUACGACAUGUACAGCAGUAUGACUGGCUGAGCGGGAAGCUUUGCCUGGAUGACUUUAAGAGAAUGUCACCCGCAGUCCGCUUGGCACGGCUUUGUGAUGUCUUGAAUAUGCUCACGUGGGUACUGGAAUUGGAGUUCCUCUCCUGGCUGGAUCAUAACAGGUUUAGGCAGUCGGAGUUGUAUCAGGAGAACUUCAAGUCAUUUGCCUCGAUUGUAUUUGGAAUGUCAGCAGAAAUGCGUCUCACCGACAUCGUUAAGCAAAUUAUGAGGUUGUAUGGACAGGCAGUGGCCAAGUGCAUGUUCCCAGAACGCCAGAGGAUUCUCCAGCGCCUUGUUUCUCUCAUUAUCGAGGUAAGCAACACGGCCGAGCUAAAGUACGUGGAUAAUGCUGUGAUCUAUCCGAAUCUGGGACCCAAAACACGCCUGCUCAUCGCAGACUUCUUCAAGAUUUUUAGAUCACAGAAUUCCAAACAUAUUAGCACAUACCUAAAGACUAUUCCGCUGUUGGACCACCCAUAUCUCCGCUACGAGUUCACUGACCACUUUUUGAGGCUCUUUUCCUUUCCCAAAAAACUUCCAUUUGGACCGCAGAAGGUUGUCGAAGAAUUCACAGCUCGUCAGUGGAUAAAGUACAAACUAAAAAGUGAGAUUGCGGAUGACGACGACGAGCAGUUGUCUCGUGAGAAUUACCUAGCAUUACUUCUUGGCGCCUUAAAAGACUACGACAAGUGGUUAAAUCUUGGAGGCUUCUGGAAGUACCUAAAGAGCAAGGAGCACGUGCAGCCAUUGACAGCGAGGAUCAGUCCUGCUGAAAUGGUUGUACGCGAAGCGCCGGUGUUCAGGCUAGAUACGUUAGAGGAGAAGGUACCCACCUGGAACGCGCACAUGAACAGUAAGGUAUUUAUAGGUCAGCCGAAGGUGAAUCUGCCGGUGGCCAGAAUUAAUAUGGCCAAGAUGUGUGUGCGAUAUGGCGAGGAUGUCCGACAGAUGAGAUUUUUAAGACGACUACUUCAAAUCGAGGUUUACAAGGAGGUCGAUGUGUCGGACUGGUUAAUCUAUCUGAACAACUUCAUUGACGAACCCGAGUCCAUGUCUGCAGCAGACUCUGCAUCUUCCUUCGAAUCGGGGGGAAUCUGAGUGCCCAUAAAAUUAUGAUAUAUCCAAGGCUCAACUAUGUUUAAGGAAUAACGUACCGAAAGUUCAAACUUAGUUAUUUUAAGCUUAUGGAAAACAUCAGUGUUUAAAAAGUUUUUUGUUUUUUCUUGCGUUAACUAGAAGUAUCUAAAUGGUGUUAAAUAAGAAUGCACUUGAUUCAUUGCCAUUUGUCAUAAUUUCCGUUUCUGUAUUUCUCCAUUGCAAAUAUAUAUUUAUGCUGUAACUAAAUACACAAUUACGUACAGAUUUACAUAUAAAUACAGCUACUGCGCAUGUACAUACAUACAUUAAUAAAUAUAUAUGUGUAUAAUUAUGCAAUAUUAUCGCCAUUUGUUUUUAAGCCUUUUGCUUGUUGGUUUUUUUGCAGUUCCUCAUCCUUCUGCCACAUCGAUUUGCCUAACGAUUCUUGUCUUUGUUCAUUGUAUGUCUAAAUUCUUUGCAGUUUUACAUUUCCACACUCAACUAUCAUUAAAUUAUGGUCUUAAAUGCUAAUCUCACUACUUCACUUAUAUGUAAAGCUUAUGCAUACGCUGGGGAGGGUUAGAGAAGCUGGGUGCAGAGCUCAGAUUUUUAAAAUGCCACAACCCGAACUGCAUCUGCAUUCAGUAUUAGGCAUUCAUGUUAAAGCGACCUAUCUAAUUCUCUAGGGGUCUUAGAUCCUAGUGACGAUCUGCAUUCAGGGCUUCGAAAGACAUAGUACGGAUUCAAGCGGAUUCAUACUCUGCUAGGUUGGGAUUUGUUUUUUGUUUCUGCUGCCUUGUUUUUAAUUUGUUAACACUACACAUUUAUCAACAUUUAUUUAAUAUUCAUUCCAUAUAGGCUAGGUUUCUUUGAAUGUAUCUCCACUUCCCGGCUUGCUAUUGAUUCGUAUACAUUUGGGGCCUUCCGUUUUUGUUGCGCUUUGAAAUCUAUAGGAACUUGAUACAGGAGUCUUUU